AAUUCAUUGCUACUGCUGCCUGGGUUAGUUGUUUACUCCUUUCCCUCUCGCUGAAGCUUACAACUGCACCUGCUGCAUGCAAAGCGCCUGGAGCGCACAGAGCCAUUUAAUACCUAGGCUAAGGAGUAAUGUAACUUACACUUCCAUUCAGCUAACAGAGAGAAAAGAAAAUAAGUUCCUGGGGAUUCUUGUCAGCUCCUUUCUCUCCGCCAAGCUUUGGUGUCAAGCAUGCUGAUACAGGGAGUUACUUUCAGAAGAAUCUUCUUGAAAAAGGUGCUGAGACUGGAUGUCUAAAAUUGGCAGACUUUCAUGUAUUUCUUUUAUUUAUUUUUUUUCUAAAAAUCUGGAAAUGUAUUGAAUCAUCCGGUAGGGAUCGAUAAAUUGCUUUUUUUUUAGUUGUUCUUUUACAAUUUGGCAUUUCCACCUGAGUGGGUAGGCUGUCGUCUCCUGUGACUAUAACUGCUAGGCUGACCAUGUGAUCCAAUGAUGAGUUCUUUUUUUCUGAAUCUUUUCUAAGUAACCUUUCUAAACUGACAGAAGGAAAUUGAAGUAAACACGCAAGGCAGCAAACAAUACCAAGAAAAUGACAUUAAAGUGAUUCAGGAAUGACUCAUACGUCUCAUCCCAAUGGUACUUUUAAAGGACACCAGUAGUUCCCACACCUGCUGGCACCUGUAUGAUGCUUGAAGACCGAAAUGCAGCAGCUUCUUCCUCAGCCUCCUUUCCCUCCAGCCCUUUCAUACCCAAAGGCACUUAUAGGAAAAUAAAAAGGUGCUUUAGCUUCCGGAGAGGUAUAUUUGGACAGAAACUGGAAGACACGGUACGUUAUGAGAAAAGGUAUGGAGUGCGUCUGGCCCCUAUGUUGGUGGAGCAAUGUGUGGACUUUAUCCGUCAGCGUGGGUUGACAGAGGAAGGACUAUUUAGACUGCCUGGACAAGCAAACCUGGUGAAAGAACUACAAGAUGCCUUUGACUGUGGGGAGCAACCAGCUUUCGACAGUAACACAGAUGUCCACACCGUAGCCUCACUUCUGAAGCUGUACCUGCGUGAGCUGCCAGAGCCUGUCAUCCCAUAUUCAAAGUAUGAGGAUUUUCUCUCAUGUGCAAAACAGCUGAGCAAAGAGGAGGAAUCUGGGAUGGCAGAACUAGUAAAACAAGUGAAGAGUCUCCCACAAGUUAAUUUUAAUCUAUUGAAAUACAUCUGUAGAUUCUUAGAUGAGGUACAGUCCUAUUCUGGAGUGAAUAAAAUGAGUGUUCAGAACUUGGCUACAGUCUUUGGGCCAAACAUCCUGCGUCCCAAAGUGGAGGAUCCAAUGACUAUAAUGGAGGGUACUGUAGUUGUGCAGCAGUUAAUGGCAGUGAUGAUAAGUGAGCACGAAACCCUUUACCCCAAAGAUGUUGAUGUUCAGAUUGAUGCUGGCCCAGAACUGACCAUCAACAACAAUGAGCUGCAAAAAAAGAUGCUUCUAGGCCAAAUACAGAACAAGGAGAACAAUAAUACAAAGGAUAUAGCAGUGAGACGUUGCUCCUGGGAGAAGUCUGAUUCUCCACAAAGGUCAAGUGUUGACAAUGGGUCUCCCACUGUACUCUCAGGAAGUAAAUCCAGCAGCCCAAGAAACAGCAUUCACAAACUGGAUGUUACACGAAGUCCACCGCUAAUGGUGAAAAAAAAUCCAGCUUUUAACAAAGGUAGUGGGAUUGUCACCAAUGGGUCUUUCAGCAGCUCUGUGGAAGUCCAUGACAAGCACCAUUCUUUACCUAAUGGUACCUUACAGGCUAGAAGAACCUCUUCUCUCAAAAGUUCAGGAACCAAAAUGGGUACUCACAGUGUACAGAAUGGUGCUGUAAAAAUGGGAGUGUCCAGCACAGACACAAUGAGCAAUGCUUUGAACAGUCGGACCACAAGCUGGCUGCCCAAUGGAUAUGUGACAUUAAGAGAUAACAAACAAAAAGACUCUACAGGCGAAUCAGUGUUGCAGCACAGAUUAUCCACAUAUGAUAAUGUUCACCAGCAGUUUAUGAUGAACUCUGAUGAUAAGCAAAGUGUGGACAGUGCAACAUGGUCAACAUCAUCAUGUGAAAUCUCUCUCCCUGAGAACUCCAAUUCCUGCCGUUCCUCCACAACAACCUGUCCUGAGCAGGACUUUUAUGGCGGUACCUUUGAGGACCCUGUGUUAGAUGGGCCAGUCAUUGAGGAUAUUACUAACGCAGCAGACUUUGAGAGCAAAUUUGACAGACGAAGUGCUGGGGGUCACAGCAGCAGGGCUACCAGCAGCAGUGACAACAGUGAGACUUUUGUAGUGAGUAAUUCAAGCAACCACAGUGCACUUCACAGCCUUGUAUCCAGUUUAAAGCAGGAAAUGUCAAAACAGAAAAUGGAGUAUGAGACCAGAGUAAAAAGCAUGGAACAAAGAAAUCUAACUCUGGAGACAGAAGUAGUAGCCCUUCAAGAGGAACUGGAGCAAGAAAAAAAGAAGUACACUAUGGUGGAAAUUAAAAUGAGGAAUGCAGAACGUGCAAAAGAGGAUGCUGAGAAAAGAAACGACAUGUUGCAGAAGGAGAUGGAACAGUUUUUCUCAACUUUUGGUGACCUCACAGUGGAACCACGUAGGCCAGAGAGAGGGAACACAAUAUGGAUUCAGUAAAGUGGGCCAAAGUAUGUUGGACAGUAGGAAGCAGCCGUAGUGGAUGGUCUUCAGGUGGCUGGUCACCUGACCAAGAUUAGCACUCUAUUUCUAGGUACCAUGUAGGGAGCAGGCAAAAAAAUCUAAUAAAAAAAAACGAAUCAGCAUCAUCCAUCUGCCUAACCAAGUCCAUUCUAUUAUUACAUACUCCAUAUUGCUACUGUCAUGUGUUAAAACUGGAUAUGUGUACAUAGAUUAUAUAAAAAAAAAGUGUUAUGUUUAAAACAGAAUUGUAUUCCAAGAAUAAUAAUAUUCCAAGUAUUGUAUUUAAAACAGCAAACUGAUAUGUUGUUGCAGUCGAGCUUUAUAUGAAGUCAAUAUAUAUCCUUGCACUUAAAAUGUAAUACAAUAUUUUUGCGCAUUGUGCCAUCAUCGGCUUAUUUUGUAUAUUAAUUGGUCCCUAUUCCCAUGUUGACAGGGAAUGGAAAUAAAAAACAAAAAACAAAAAAAAACAAUAUAGGAUGAUACUUGUGGCUUUUGAUGUUUGUGCCAACCAACUUGCCUAUGACCAAAAGAAAGUGUACAGAAUUUUAUAAAGCAUUGCCACAAGACUUAA